AUGCAAGGUCAAGGUCAAGGCAGCAGCUCCAAUUCCUUCCCAGGAAACUUUUACUUCAAUGGAAGUCUUGGAUCUGAUCAGCAUAAUAUGGUUCCCGAUGCUUUAGUUCAUGAUGGACAUACUUCUAUGAGAGGGAUUCGUCAAUCCAGUUCUGGUCUUGAUACCCAAAACCAUGCUGGUUUUGAUCAGUUCUUAGGUGAUGACUUUUGGCUUUCACCCCUUGGUGAUCAGGCCGGCACUAGUCAAAGGUCUGAAGAAAGGCAUUCUAACGAGCCAACCUUUGAUCCUUUCCUAGCGAACCUUAGCAUGAACCCUGGUAAUGGUCAUGUCAGUACUGAGCACGGCCCAAUUGGCCCAUCAUUUUUGCCAGGGCAAGAGGCUGGUUCUGGUCCUCUCCAUGUCCAACAUAACUUAGACCUGAAUGCUGCUGUACAUGAAGGCAAUGGAAUUGAUGCAACUCAGGAUAAUGGGCCAUACUUAUCAUUCGACCUUUUCAGAUCAGGAGCAGCAACAGGUGAUCACAUCCCAACCUCCGGUGGUUCUUCUAGCCCAGUCAUGAUUUAUUCAGGAAUUGCGGGAUAUGUUCUAGAAGAAAAUAUGAGCAGAGAGGGUCUUCCAGCUAAUGGCCAGAGAAGGCUUUUAUGCAAAAGAAGGGCGCCUGAAUUUGCUUCUGGACAAGUAACUUCUGGUGAUAGUUCAAGCUCCGCACGGCGAGCUGGGAAUUCUGAACAGCCACGGGUUACUGCCCAAGAUAAUGUUAUCAGCAGCUUAAAUCCAGCUAGUUCCUUCAAUAAUAGCCUGAAUAGCAGUCAUUCGACAGGACUUAUGGGUGCUGUGCCAACACCCCAUAACUUCCAUCAAAUUCCAAACGAGGCUGGACAAGCAGACAACUUUCAAAGAAAUACCCGUUUGAGAAGAACUGUAAGUCAACAGAACCCUACACCAGCAAACUUAUGGACAUGGAACUCAAGCAAUUCUAAUGUACAAUCAACUGGUCAACGAUCAGUAUUUUCUCCAUUUGAUCAAUUUACGAUUACAAGCUCGGCACCAGCGUCAGUUCUGGUAAAUCCGGUGCAACCCAUUGUACAAGUCUCUAAUUCGUUGCAAGCUCCGCUACCUUACCGAUAUUGGAAUGGGACAACGAUGUCAAGGAUUGGUUCUUCGUCCAUCUCUCUUGAUCGGACUUUAAAUGUAAGAGAAGCUAUGGGACAGGAAGAUAACUUGAGAAACAACGGAAGAAAUAUGAUGAUUCCGUUGGCAAACAUGCAAGCAAACAUGAACUUAGCCAAUGGGAAUGCAAACUUUCUUGGAAAUAUUGCCUCCUCCUCGAGGAUCCAAUCCAGCUCGGGCAUGCAUAUACCAUCUUCGUCCAUGAGGUCCCCUCAACCAAAUAUGGCUGAACAAUAUGCACGACGAAUGCGAGAUAUUGUCUAUCGCUCUGAGGGCUGGAGGCAGGGGAAUUACUGCCCAAUACAUUCUGGUGCUUCUCCUGCUUUGCGAGAUAUGGACGUUUCAGUGAGAGGUGGUAAUGCCAGAUCUGCUCAGGUUCCUCUGAGGUUGGGAGCGAGAGCUGGGAGACAAGCUGGCCAUCAUUCUGAAGUCUCACCUACGGUACAAUCUCAGACUGCUUUCCAAAGGAGAAGUAGACUGAUAUCUGAGGUUCGCAAUGCCUUAGGACUUGUACGGAGGCCUGGUGGCUUACGACUUGAGGAUGUCAUGGUAAUCGAUCGUUCAGUUUUGUAUGGUAUGCCUGAGGUGGCAGAUAUUCAUGACGAUAUGCGCCUUGAUGUUGAUAAUAUGUCUUAUGAGGAACUACUGGACCUGGAAGAGCUAAUUGGGAAUGUUUGCACUGGACUAAGCGAGGAAUCUAUUCUGGCCAAUCUGAGGAGGCGAAAAUAUCAGUCUAUCACAACUGAACCUCCGGUAGAAGCUGAACCAUGCUGUAUCUGUCAGGAGGACUAUGCUGAUGGAGAAGAGCUUGGUAAGCUGGACUGCGGUCAUGACUUCCACUUCAAUUGCAUUAAGCAAUGGCUUGUGCAGAAGAAUUCAUGCCCCAUAUGCAAAAAGACAGCUUUGGCUAUUUGAAAGCAGGAUCACCAUUGUCAUGCCUCCUUUUAGUCUGACAACAGAUAAUUGCUGAAUGUUUGGACCUGCCUAAGGAUUAUCUCGCCUCAGUAUCUUUAUAAACAUUGUUAUUUCCAUUUCCUUUCAUUGCACAGGUUUUCAUGUUAGCAACAGCCAAGUCUAUGAGAAUGAGACACCUCAUUUUCUCAUACUCAUUACUUUCUCCGCCAGGUGGAUGCUCUAAGGGCUGGGCAGACAUGGAAGCGCAUCCUCCUAGUUCAGGAUGUUGAGGAAUAAAUUUUAGUUUUGAAAUUUUGCUUUUACAAUAAAGUCGGGAAAAACGAAACCUAAUCCAAUAUUGUAGAAUCCCCAAGCUUUGUUGAUUAAUGUAAUAAGAAGCUGAAGGAGACUGUUUAAGACU